UGGGCGGAUGGGUUUUGUGAAUCCUAAAUUAUAAUGAUAGACGUAUGAUUUGUGCCACAUAAAUGCUAUAAAUUAUUGAUCAAUAUUAACAUAGGAUUACUGUGUCAAUAUGGAUAAACUAACAGUGAUAUCUGGGACUCUGUUCAUGGCAGCUGAUGUGUUUGCAAUAGUUAGCCUUGCCAUGCCCGACUGGAUAAUUACUGAUGUUGGAGGGGAUACUCGAUUAGGGCUCAUGUGGUCCUGUAUUACACUAUAUAACAGACCACAGGUAUGCUUCACUCCAGACCUACAACCUGAAUGGCUACUAGCCCUUAUUUGCAUCUUUAUUGGAUGUAUAUGCAUUACAACAACGGUGAUACUCUUGGCAUCAAGUCACUUUGAUCGUAAUGUUAUCCCUUAUGCAAGAUGGGUGGGCUUUGCUGCAAUGGUAGUUUUCUGCUUGGCUGCAGUCAUUUUCCCGAUGGGAUUCCAUGUUGAUGAGAUCGGAGGCCAGCCAUAUCAACUGCCAAACAGCCAUCAAGUGGGAAUAUCUUACAUAUUAUUUGUUCUUUCACUGUGGAUAACAGUAAUAUCGGAGCUCUUUGCUGGCAAAGUGUGUCUGCCCCACUUUUAAGCAGAUUUCAAGGUUAUUAAUGAUAACUACAUUCCAAUAAGUAUUAUUUUGAGGGCCUAUAUUUAGCUCAUUUAUGUGGG